UUACAGCAAACAAUUGUGAUCAAUAUAUAGACAGUUCAGUGCAAAUGAAUGGCACGUUCACAUCACCCAACUAUCCCGACACAUACGCCAGUAAUCUUCACUGUACUUAUCAUUUCACUGGACGGGGAAAGGAAAGGAUUCAAAUACUAUUCACUGACUUUGAUCUCUAUUUACAUAACGAAUUCGGACCAAUCAGAGAUUGCGAAGGAGUCGAUGCCGUUAUGGUAUUCAUCACAAUAAACGGACACAAAGAGCGAAUCGACAACUUUUGCGGACACAAACUCCCGUCUCAGCUCAUGUCUAACGGGCCGUCAAUGAGUGUGGAGUUCAGAACCACUCAAACUUCCCGCACCGGCAAAGGAUUCCGUGCAAUCUAUCGAUUCAUUAACAAUUUUGGCAUAAGUGGUGGCACUCAAGACGAUAGGGAAACUGUUUGCGGAUUCAUUUUCAACAGCACAAUACAUCCCAACGGCUCAUUCACAUCACCUAAUUAUCCGGGGCUCUAUCCUCGAGACACUGAAUGUCACUAUCAUUUCUACGGACAGCUUAACCAAAGAGUUCACAUUACUUUCGCCUAUUUCGAUGUCGAAGGAGUGCCUCCAUGUGAUUCAAAUACUGCCAGCGAUUUCGUUGAGUUCAGUAACUAUCGGACGGUUGACCGGAAAAUGUCGCGAAACUGUGGCGUCAAAGCGCCCAAAAAUGUCAUCUCCGACAACGACUUCUUCCGCAUUGCGUUCAAAACCAACGAUAAGUUUGACGGCACGGGAUUCGAGGCCUUCUAUCAGUUCCGGGCCCACGACGGUUAG